AUGCAAUGGACGACCAAUGUGGCUACGGAGCCUUGUAACAGGCCGCGCAACAAAUACAAAAAUGUUAUUCCCUAUGACUUUAACCGGGUAAAGCUGCACUCCGCCUGUACAAUUGAGGACGUGCCCGAAGAACGCACCUCUAACGCGGACUCCCAACUCCUCCAAUCCCUAUCCGAUUACGUGAAUGCCAGUUUCAUUCCUGGUGUCUGUCCAAUCAGCUGUGCCAGAGUCGCGGAGGCGAACAAUCUUCCUCAGAGGUAUAUUGCAGCACAGGCACCUGUCCAGCAAACUGCUGUUCUAUUCUGGCAGAUGAUUUGGGACAAUAAUGUCAAGCUUAUCGUCAUGUUAACCAGAUCCUUUGAAAACUCUAAAGAAAAGUGCUACCCAUACUGGCCGGUUUCAAAACAAGUAGAGAGCGAGGAAGACAUCGUCGAAAAAACUAUUGGACAUUUUUGUAUUCGCCUUCAGACGCAAGAAAACGGAGUCUCCUUCAUUCGUCGAAUCCUUGUAAUCAUUAACCAGGACGAGGAGAAAAUAGCCCCAAGAAGAGUCGUUCAGCUUCAUAUGACAGCCUGGACGGACUUUUCUGCGCCCCGAAAAGACGACUUUUACGCCUUUCUGUCGGAGUACUGGGAUAGCCGAAAGAAACUGGAGGACGCUGCCAGUCCCAUCCUGGUGCACUGCAGUGCUGGAGUUGGUCGAACAGGCACCUUCAUUGCCCUCGACCAACUCUGUCAGCACGUUCGCGUGCUGCAUGAACUCGGACAGGCCAACGGGAAAUCUGAGCAGCGAGCAGACGAAAUCUACGAAAAUCUUCGCGACGCCCAAGAUCAAAAUGCCAUAAAGCUGAAUAAAAUGUUUGCGCAUCCAUCCGAUACGAUAAAAAUUUAUGAAACUGUCAUGUGGCUGCGUUCACAGCGUCGUUUCAUGGUGCAAAAUGAGUCGCAGUACAUCUUUCUGUUCGACUUCAUCGCGGACUAUAUAGCUCGUUUGUCCGGUGAGGGAAAUGCCUAUGACAACAUUUGA